AGGAACAAUAAUCCCCACGCUUCGGCUCUUCUUCGCCUGCGAUGAAACGACAUUGAACAUCGAACGAGACGACAUCAUCAGGAUGCAGCAGCAGCACCAGCCAAACCAGAGCGGCGUCGGCGGCGGCGGCGGCGGGGCGGCGGUAGUUCCGGUGAGCGAAGCUUUCUGGUCAUUGGUCCAGAAAGCCGACAAGAAGUUCUCCAAGAUCCGACACCUUCCCUACUACCACCGCAAUAGGGAGGAAUACGAUGCGUACUUCUACAAGGUGUUCAGGGUGUACACGCAGGUGUGGAAGAUGCAGCAGGAGAACCGGCAGAAGCUGGUGGAGUCCGGGCUGAGGCGGUCGGAGAUUGGUGAGAUUGCCUCACGGAUUGCUCAGCUCUACUUUGGCCAUUACAUGAGAACCAGCCAGGCCAGCUAUCUCCACGAGGCCUUCGUCUUCUAUGAUGCCGUUUUGAGCCGAGACUACUUCAACAGCAAGGUUGAUGCUGGCGAUCUGCCCCUCGCCACCAAGCAGCUCCGCCUCAUCUCCAGGUUCCUCACCGUCUGCUUGCUCUUGAAUCGCAACCAAAUGGUCCACCAGCUCCUCAAUCAGCUUAGGGUUUUGCUGGACGAUUGCAAGAGGACUUUCCCGGAAACUGACUUUAAAGAAUGGAAGCUGGUGCUUCAAGAAUUGCAUAGAUUUCUGAAGGCUGACACUAAUUUUAUGAAUAUCAGGCCUCUCAGGUAUAGUACGGUACUGGACCCUCAUCCGGAUUUGCUUACAUCUCCUGCGAAGAGAAAUUUGAGGCUUCGUGAUGCAGUGCUCAGCAGCUAUCAUCACAAUGAGGUGAAAUUUUCGGAGCUCACUCUGGACACCUUUAGGAUGGUUCAGUGUUUGGAGUGGGAACCCAGUGGCUCCUUUCACCAGCCAAGUGUUAUGAAAAAUAGUCAGAAUGGGUCUUCUACAUCUACCCGCACAAACUACUCCCAAGAUAUCAUUGAUCCUACACUACCACCUAAUCCUAGAAAAGCAGUUUUAUACCGUCCUUCUAUUUCGCAUUUUCUAGCUGUUGUGGCCACAAUAUGCGAGGAGCUUCCCCCUGAUGGAGUUAUCUUGAUAUAUUUGUCGGCUUCAGGCACUGGAGUGUACUCUGAAGCAACCUCCUCUUCACCUUUUGUGUCAGAAAGACAAAACGUAAGGUCUGCGCAAUCUAAAGAAGAGAGGUCAUCUUUAGAUGCUGGUUGUUUACAGUUUGGUACUCGUGGAAAUGGAGGCUUUUCAGGAAUAAAUUGUAUUUUUCCCAGUGACAUAGUUCCAUUCACAAGAAGACCACUUUUCCUGGUUGUUGAUGGUGACAAGAAUGAAGCAUUUGAGGCUAUAUAUGGAGCAGAAAAGGGAGAAACAGCGGCAAUUCUUCUUUCUCCAAGCACUUUGUAUCACUGUACCAGCGGCAAUUCACCCCAUCAUUCAAAUGGAAGUCUAUUCACUGCUUUCAUAACAGCUCCAGUGCAGGCUUUCUGCCUCUUGCUUGGUAUUUCAGGCUCAGAUGUUGAACUGGAUACAUAUUUUAAGGCUGAGAAUCUGCUUUCUUCUUCCUUAAACGUCUGGGGGUCGCAUCUGGUUGCAACGGACUCUCUUCAUCCUGUUUGGGCACAGAUUUUAGGCGAUCCAUUCCUAAGGCGACUUGUUUUAAGGUUUCUAUUCUGCCGGGCAGUUCUUGCAUUAUAUGCUCCCACCUUCAACAAGAAGGAAUUCAUUCCUAGGUGCAUGCCAAGUCUUCCAGAGUCUCUUUCGCCAUCAACGGCCACAUGUCAGACUGUAGUUGCACAGAUUGCCAAUGUGUUUGGUGCAACCAGCAGUUUUAGAAUCUCUGAGGAAGUUGCACUUGCUGAAAAUAUAACACAUGGUGACACAGACUCAAUCUCAUCUUCUUGAAGCUUGACAAUGACGAGCCAAAUUUGUUUGUCUUAGAAUAUUCAUGGUUUCUGUGAUUUGGUUGAUAUGCAUAUUAUUCAUGGAUCAAGCUCAAUCCAUGAAUAUUGUUCCAGUUCUGUGUUCUCAAAGAAAAUGACUCCGGAAGCACGUGGUUUUCCUGAUUUUAUAGGGUUUGCAGCUCAUUUUUUUUCUUUUUUUCUUUCUUGCUUUCUUUUUUUUUUUUUUUAAACGAACCCGUAGUAUAAAGUCAUGAAUAUAUGCAAUUAUUUUGAUUUGAAUGUAUGCAAUUGUUUCAAUUUCCACUCA